UGAAGGCUUCGCAAAUGCCUCUCGUUCGGAACCGUACCACCAUUCUUCGGUUUCUUCUCCUGCUGCUACGUGCAGGGGUCUUUGAACCUCGACGGCGUGUCCCUCCUGCUCUUCGGCCCACGGCACCACGAGAGCACCUCGGGAUUACACAACAAUCGCACCGGUAGACCGCGACAUCCUAGUGCCUCUCGACCAUCAUGCGGUCGUACCACGUAAUACGCGUCCAAACUACCCCCGACUCGCCAAUUUCCUCCUCUUCCUCUGGUGUCCGUGUGCUUCCUCGGUGCAAUUAGACCCCAAGGGGUCUUCCCAGGGCAACGCUCCAACCCCUAGUGGUGAUCAAAUAACGCCCACCCUACCCCCAGUUCUGGUGUUCGUGUGCUCCCUCAGUGCAAUUAAGACUCCAACCCAGAUAGUGGUGAUAAAUUAAUGCCGAAUUUGUCGCGAGAGGGGUGGCUGAAGAAACGAUGGCCCCCCGAAGUGGUAGUGUUCGCGACCGGUGGUAGGAUCCGUCAGUAUGGACGUAUACAAAAUCGAGCAAACGCUGAGUGGUCCGCUAGGUGGUGCGCCCUCCCCCGACAAAAUCACCCCCGAGGUAACCUUCGACGCAGGCAGUGAGUUUAAUUUGUGUUUUUUCGAUAGCGCCGAGGAUAACAGCGCCGCCCAGGGUGGAUUUAGUGAUCCCGGUUCGGUCGAGUCCUCGCCCACGGCGGGGGAGUCUUCGCCGCAGCCGCCUCAGCCCCCGGUGCUGGUGCACCUCGCCCCCAUCCAUAUUCAGCCGCCGCCCCUUCAGUUGACCACGAGUGACUUGGGGGGUUGUAACGCUUUGGUGAUUUCGCAGCAGCAGCAGCAGCCGGAGACGCCCCCUGGCGGGGCUGUGGUCAAGCAAGAACAGAGCAACUACGUGGCGGCAGAUUCAAACAGCUCAAGCACGACGAAGACGUUCGUUCCAUGUAAGGUUUGCGGAGAUAAGGCUUCAGGUUACCACUACGGGGUCACUUCAUGUGAAGGCUGCAAAGGAUUUUUUCGUCGUUCGAUCCAGAAACAAAUCGAGUACCGGUGCCUGCGGGACGGCAAGUGCCUCGUGAUAAGACUGAACCGGAACCGAUGCCAGUACUGCAGGUUCAAAAAAUGCCUGGCAGUCGGAAUGUCUAGGGAUUCCGUACGAUACGGGAGAGUACCGAAACGAUCCAGAGAAAGAAGCCUGGAGGAUAACCCGUCGAGGGUUUCUACGACUGCGCCAGACGUCGUGAGCGUCAGUCCGUCGCCAACUGCGAGCGAGCCCGCCACCCCCUCUCCCACCAUGACGACCGUCUCCACGCCACCCCUAAUCGUUAUCGAUAGCGAGCUCAAACACACCCCCAUGUACGAUAUCAUUUUGGGGGUAGCUCAAGCGCAUCACACGAACUGCAACUACACCGAAGAGAAAAUGCGCAAUCUCCAGAAGAAGACGCUGGUGCCUCCCCAGAGGUACAGGCUAGACGAGGACGACGAUAUCACCACAGAUGGGGAGGACGACGCAGUCGCAUCUUCGACGGCGGAAACCUUGGACCUUGACAGGGGUUGGUUAUGGCAGCAAUUCGCCACCUGUAUGACGCCGAGCGUGCAAAGGGUGGUGGAGUUCGCGAAACGCAUCCCCGGGUUCGGGAGUUUGGGCCAGGACGACCAACUGAUCCUGAUCAAAUUGGGGUUUUUCGAGGUGUGGCUCGCACACAUCGCCAAGUACACCAAUCUGCAGGGGAUGCUCUUCGACGAUGGAACUUUGGUCACGCAUACGCAGCUUGAAGUCAUGUAUGACACGGAGUUCGUGGCAUCCCUAAUGCAUUUCGCCAACACCUUCAACUCCCUGGCCUUGAACGACACCGAGGUGGGUCUGUUUUCCGCCAUUGUCCUCCUCACGGCCGACCGGUCUGGAGUUACGGAUAUAAAGACCAUCGAGCAUCACAAGGAGAAGUUGAUCGAAGCUCUGAAAGCUCAGGUGAACAGGAACCACGCGAACGACAUGCAAGUCUUCUCGCACCUCCUGAUAAAACUGCUCGAAUUAAGAAACUUGGGGUUGAAACACAACAACCACCUGGAGUGGUUCAGGGAGCACUGGCAGCAGCUGACGCUACCGCCAUUGUUCGCGGAAAUCUUUGACAUUCCGAAGUCUGAGGACGAUCUACAGUGAUGAAAUGUGAUUUUUUUUGUUUGGCGAGUUGACAAAUCUUAAGGUGCAUCAGUAAUAAUUUGCUAGCGCUAUAAUAAGUUAAGAAACAGAAAGUGCAGAAAUUUCGAACGUUCGACAGGGUCCCAGAGAAUUUAUAACGUUUAAACUGGCAGAAUAAGACUUUUUUCACAUUGUUUUAGUCGUAGAGCGUGACAUACAUAUCAUUCCUAUCAAAUAACACGUUUGUUUUCCUUGUUUGUUUCGGGGGUGUAAAUUAGAUUUAUUUAUAAACCGGACCGUCGAGGCUAUCCGGGCUCCGUUUUAGGAGUAUUAGCGUUUAGUAUUAAAGAUAAAUGCUCAACACGAGGUUAAAAUGUUUAGGUGUAAACCCUUUCUGAUAUUAGCGUUAAAACUUAUCGUUAGAUCUACCAGUGUACCUAUAAUAUCAGUAUCAAUAUCAGUGUUUUACAAUAGCUCUCUAUAACGCUUAAGACAAUAUAGGGUAUAAUAGGUAACGCGUAUAACGGUUUAUAUUAGUGCUUUUCCUUUAAAUGGGGGAUUCCCAUGCUGCGCACCGACACAGUACCAUCGCAAGUCGGCAACAUCAAAGGCUACUGCACACGAGAAUGAUCCACCUUGGGAACCCCCCAUUACAUGGGGAAUUAUGAUACAAUCAUAUCGCUAGGUUUACAAGUGAAAUAUCAUAUCAGUCGUUACUGGGAGUUUGUUUUCUUUUUUUUUCCAUUUUUGUUGGGUGCGAAAAUUGUUUUGGGGAGUCAGAUCCUUUUAGUCAAGGAAGACGUGGCUCAAAAAUUAUAAAAGAAGCAAAUUCUAGGCAACAAGUCUCGAUCAACCGAAAGACCGUUAAUUUGAUCAAAACUAAACAGCACAUACAUGUUUAGAGGUUUGGUUACGUCAUAGAAAUGACAGCAGCACCAUUCCCUUUGAUCUUUCAGGUUUGCCGACAGAGCUCCCAAUGGAAUGAUAUACCAACGAUUCCUAUUGGUCAAAACAGGCCAAUAUUUCUACCAAUAGAGACGUUUCUUUUAAGAGAUAUAGGCAAAUAUUGACUUAAACAAGGAUUUAGAGAGGGAAAGCCAUGGCUGAUGUAAGUUUCGACUUUUCUUCAUCUUUGUUGGGUGCGAACAUUGUUUUGGGAGUCAGAUCCUUUUAGUCAAGGAAGACGUGGCUCUAAAAUUCUUUCAGACGCAAACUUUACGUCCAGGGAGACGUGGAACAAAAAUUAAUACAGAAAGAUGUUACCAGAAGUAAAUUUCAAGCAACAAGUCUCGAUCUAUCGUCAAAAUCGCUAAUUUGAUCAAAACUAAACAGCACAUACAUGUUUAGAGGUUUGGUUACGUCAUAGAAAUGACAGCAGCACCAUUCCCUUUGAUCUUUCAGGUUUGCCGACAGAGCUCCCAAUGGAAUGAUAUACCAACGAUUCCUAUUGGUCAAAACAGGCCAAUAUUUCUACCAAUAGAGACGUUUCUUUUAAGAGAUAUAGGCAAAUAUUGACUUAAACAAGGAUUUAGAGAGGGAAAGCCAUGGCUGAUGUAAGUUUCGACUUUUCUUCAUCUUUGUUGGGUGCGAACAUUGUUUUGGGAGUCAGAUCCUUUUAGUCAAGGAAGACGUGGCUCUAAAAUU